GAUUCAGCUUCUUUUAGUUUUUUUAGAUCUCAGAAUAUGGUAUUUAUGAGGCCAUUAAUUUUUUUGGAUUUUUUUUGGUUAAUUUUUAAGCCUACAAAAUAUGUGGUGUAAGAGUCUGACUAUACUCAGUUAGAUAUUUUCUUUCUUUUUUCUGUUACUGUUUUCCUUUUCUUUUUUUUUCUAUUUCUCUUUAUUAUGAAGCCCCACUUAAUGAAGCUUACUGCAACUAAAUGGCUAAGUUCAUGCUUUAAAUCUUGAGAUUAGAUUGCAAGUAUUCAGCUUUUUACGCUUUGAAAUCAUAGUUCAUUGCGUAAUUGCUUUCAAUCAUGCAAUGUGCUAUGUUAGGCUCCAUAAUUUUUGAAAAAUUUUAUAUUUUAUUCAAUAAAAAAAGGGGUUUUGGAUAGUUUGCAGACAAGACAGGGCUUCAAUAGCAAAAAUUCUUGUUCCUUUUUCUUGGCUUCCAAGGCCUUUUUAGUGUUUAUUUAUUUAUUUUAUUUUUGAAGGGAUACUUCUACAUGUUCUUCUCCAUAUAUCUGAUGAAGAUUUGUUUGCUUAUAAGGGAAAGGUUUUCAAGCGGACCUUUAAAAUGGAGCAAUAUGAGACACUAGAACAAAUUGGGAAGGGAGCCUUCGGUUCAGCUCUUCUUGUGAGGCAUAAACAUGAAAAGAAGAAGUAUGUGUUGAAAAAAAUUAGGCUUGCCCGUCAGACUGAUAGGUCUCGUAGAUCUGCUCAUCAGGAGAUGGAGCUUAUUUCUAAAAUAUGCAAUCCUUUUAUUGUGGAGUACAAAGAUUCUUGGGUAGAAAAGGGUUGCUAUGUAUGUAUUAUCAUAGGCUAUUGUGAAGGAGGAGACAUGGCAGAAGCUAUAAAGAAAGCUAACAACAAGCUUUUUUCUGAAGAGAAGCUCAGUAAAUGGCUUGCUCAACUCCUGAUGGCGCUUGACUUCUUGCAUGCAAAUCAUAUUCUUCAUCGUGAUGUCAAGUGUUCUAAUAUAUUCUUGACUAAAGAUCAAGACAUUCGUCUUGGUGAUUUUGGACUGGCCAAGAUUUUGACUUCAGAUGAUCUUGCUUCAUCUGUUGUAGGCACGCCAAGCUAUAUGUGUCCUGAGCUUCUUGCUGAUAUACCAUAUGGUUCCAAGUCUGAUAUUUGGUCUUUAGGAUGCUGUAUAUAUGAAAUGACUUCACUUAAGCCCGCAUUUAAAGCAUUUGAUAUGCAAGCUCUCAUCAACAAAAUAAAUAAAUCAAUAGUGGCUCCACUUCCAACAAAAUAUUCUAGUGCAUUCCGAGGUCUUGUUAAAAGCAUGCUGCGGAAGAAUCCAGAGCUUAGGCCAAGUGCUGCAGAACUGCUCCAGCACCCACACCUUCAUCCUUAUGUUCUGAAGGUUCAUCUUAAAAUUAAUAACCCUAGACGCAAUACUUUACCUGCCCGCUGGCAUGAGUCUAGUUUCAUAAAGAAGACACGAUUUUCUGAGCCAGACUGUGUUCGUGUUGCCUAUUAUAGGACAAAGCAACAUUCAUUCAGCAAUGAUAGGAAUUUGAAUCCUAGUAUAUCUGGAGCUGAGCAAGAUUCUGUAUCUUCUACUAAAGGUAUAAGCGAUACUCCAGGUUAUUUGAGUCGAAGGUUAUCAGCAUUAUCUGUUGAAAGCAGUCAUGAAGGAACUGUCAUCUGUAAGCCAAUUGCUUCAAAAACUGCAAGUGUUACCAAGAUUCAGAGGUUUAUUCCAGCAAAAGUUUCUGCUGGUCGUAAGAGACAGUCAGAGCCCUUAAAGAAACAUGAAUUUAAUCCUGUUUCACAUACUCCAACAAAAAAUGCUGUACCUACAAAUCGCAGAGCAUCUUUGCCAUUACCAACAAGAACUGCAAUCCAAGAAUUGCCUUGCAGACCUAGUACUGGUAUUCUUCGCCGUGUUAAAUCUCCAGAUGUUUCUGUUAAUGAGCCUCGAAUUGACAGGAUAGCUGAAUUCCCGUUAGCCUCAUAUGAGGACGCCUUCUUUCCCAUCCCUAGAAGCUCACCAACCUCUGCACAAGGCUCUUCUGGUUCACCACAAUAUGUUGACCAUUCAAUCACAAAAGACAAAUGUACAGUUCAGAUUCGUGAUAGAACCUCUGCUCCCAAUUUCACUGAAGCCUGGCAGGGAAUUCAGUGCAACAUGUUCCAGGUGAAAGAAGAGGAAGGAAGCAACUCAUCUGAUCACAAUGCAACAGCAGGGGCUUCCAGCCGGACUUCAUCAGACACAAGACGCUGUCGGUUUGACACCUCAUCAUACCAGCAACGUGCUGAGGCUUUGGAAGGACUGCUUGAAUUUAGUGCAAGAUUGCUACAAGACGAAAGGUAUGAUGAGCUCGGGGUACUACUUAAGCCUUUUGGACCUGGCAAAGUGUCACCUAGGGAGACUGCAAUCUGGUUGACUAAGAGUUUCAAAGAAAACACUCUCAAGCAACAUGAUUGACUAACACCAAAAAUCUGCUGCCACUUGUGUACCAUAUCUGUAGAGGCAACAGUCUUUAGAGUACAAGUGUAUUAGUUUGUUUUUUGUCAAUCAUAUAGGCAAUAGGCAUUUAACAAAUUUAACAUUUAUCUGAGUCUCAGGUCCCCUGGUUUUGAUUAACAUUGAUAAUGUUGUAUUAUAGGUCAUGGAUACGAGCUCUUAGUUUUUCAAAAUGAGGGUAGGUUGUAGAAAACUAUAGCUCAAAUGCAGUCACUAGACUUGUAUUAUAUUCUGUAUCUCCAUGAACAUUUCUUUCUAGGAAUUUUGGAACUCCUAUCCUGAUCAUGGAAUACAUUUUGAUAUUUUUAUA